AUGACGAAUAACCAGGUCGACCUCGAAUCGCGGACAGAGAUUCUUUCCGGCUACCCUUCCCUCGCAAACUUCAUCGCGAGCGAUCCAGGUCGUGCGACGGUCAUUUACAAGCGCUAUGGCGAGCUUGCUGCAAGGAAUUUGCUGUACUUACAGAGUGAACUGGCAGAGCUUCAAGCAAAACAGCGUGCACUAGACACCGCCGAUUUGACUGCCGAUAAGCCCACGAAGCAUUGUGCAAGAAGUUUCAUUCGACUUCAGAAGGCAGUACAAGCCAACGAUGUGAGGCAGAAAGAGCGAUGGGAACUGGCAAAGCAGAUUCGUGAGACCUUGAAAGAAUACCGAGAGGCGCUGCUGCUAGAAAGCACAUUAGUAGCGCUUCCAAGACCGUCUAAACAGGUUUUGAAAGCUUUCAAGACGGUAUUCGACAACGAAGGCGACGGCAAAGAAGAGCCGUUUCCUACUCUCGGAGGACAUAGCGCUGGGAUAUAUGAUGAUAUCGAUGACUUGGUCGCUUUACGGAUUCAAGACGAUCAAGACCGCUUGACCACCUUCGCGCAGGAGCAUUUGGCGUUCUUAUUCCCAGUGAGCAGCGCCAUUAUGAAAGGGUGGUAG